AUGAUGAUGGUAGAUCGUACAUUGACUGGUAGACGGUACGUUUGUCGCUUCCUGUAUGACAGCGUGCAAGUGAGAGACAGAGACUCCUCCUCUUCUCCCCGAAUGGCUGCAAAACCUUCUUGGUUUCGGGGAAACUUAAAGAAACAUUUGUUGACACAUACUAAAGAAAAACCACAUUCUUGUGAAAUUUGUAGAAAGUCAUUUUCUAUUAGUGGAAAUUUAAAGAGCCAUUUAAGGACACAUACUGAAGAAAAACCAUACUCUUGUGAAAUUUGUAAGAAGUCAUUUUCUCACAGGGGAAACUUAAAGAAACAUUUGUUGACACAUACUAAAGAAAAACCACAUUCUUGUGAAAUUUGUAAGAAGUCAUUUUCUCAGAGUGGAAGUUUGAAGAUUCAUUUAAGGAUACAUUCUAACGAAAAGCCUCAUUCUUGUGCAAUUUGUGAAAAGUCAUUUUCUUAUAGUGGAAAUUUAAAGAUCCAUUUGAGGACACAUACUAAAGAAAAACCAUACUCUUGUGAAAUUUGUAAAAAGUCAUAUUCUCACAGUGGAAGUUUAAAAAUUCAUUUGAGUACACAUUCUAACGAAAAGCCAUAUUUUUGUGAAAUUUGUAAGAUGUCAUAUUCUGGAAGUGAAAGUCUAAGGACGCAUUUGAUUACACAUACUGAAGAAAAACCAUACUCUUGUUAA